AUGCCUACACUCAAAUAUUUCAAAGAAUGUCCGGAGUUCCCAACUGAUGUACCCAUCGCCGAUAUACCCACGAUCUCGUACCUUAAACUUCAGAGUGACUUCACAGAGGAGUCAGAAAAUCUUUACGAGGCAUGUAGGGAAUAUGGAUUUUCCUUGCUCGACUUAAACAAGUCUGAGGAGGGAAAGCAACUGUUGGAAGAUGCAGAGAUUAUUUGCAAGCCAGCUGGAGUGCUCAAGACAGACGACGGCAAGAUGGAUGCUAUGGAACUGUAUACACUCAGUCGAGACGAGUUACUUGGUACACGGUCUACACGUCGAGAUCCAGAGGAAUUUCAAAGACAUCGCGAGGUCUGCAAGCGAUCUUUUCUUCGUUCACAUGAAGUUCUAUCACGGGUUAUGAAUCACCUGGACAAACAUCUAGGUUUAGCCCCUGGUACACUGUCUGCGCUUUCACCUCUAGAGAAGCCCUCCGCUACAUCUCUUCGUCUCCUCAUGGCACGCUUACAGCCUCUUAAUGAUAAAAUUAUCAGUCUAGGUGGCCACACUGACAUCGGGACAAUCGCUAUGCUAUUUCACGUAGUUGGAGGCUUCCAGGUAUUACCCGCAGGAAGCAAGAACAUCAGCUCCAAUUGGCGUUAUGUGCGUGCAGUACCUGGGUGUGCCUGA